AUUUUAAUUAGAAAUACCUGACCUAUAUCCACAGUUCACAACCUUUACAAUUGCAAAAGUAGACUCGUGUACUCAAGUUGUCCCAGUCAUACUUAGAUGUUUCCAAUACUGAAUUGAGUAUUGGCUUCACUGUUUAAAUUUAAAUGAAUUAAAACUAAGUAAAAAUACACUCCCCCCAACAACAGCAGAAUACAGAUUCUUCUCAAGUGCGCAUGGAACAUUCCCCAGGAGAGACCAUAUGCGAGGCCAUGAGACAAGUCUUAAUGGAUUUGAAAGGAUCGGUCAUAGAAAAUAAGUUUUCUGACAACACUGGGAUGCAAUUAGAAAUCAGUAACAGAAGGAAAUUCACACACAUGUAGAAACCAACACAUUCCUGAGUCGCCAAUGGGUCAUAGAAGAAAUGAAAUUAGAAAAGUAAAUGCAUUCAGUGUUUGGGGUGUACUGGCCACGUUUCACGUGCGCCGUAGCCGCCGCUGGACACAGUCUGGCCCUUAAUAUCUGCACAGUAUUUAAGGAACAAAUGAACAGAACGGCCCAGUGGGCACACUUCUCCCUACCCCACACCACUUUUCCAUCCUGCUGUGUCUGCGCUGACUCCCACCCUAAGGACCUGUAGGCGGGGGCCUGGGAGGGAGGACUUCCCAGUAUCUCACUGCCCCUCCAGGAAGUUUGAGAACAUGUACAUCGGCUGGGGCCACAAGUACAGUCCAGACAACUUCAACCCGAUGCUGCCGCCGCCCAUCCAGCAAGAGUACCCCAGCGGCCUGGAGAUCAUGGAGAUGAGCGACCCCACGGUGGAGGAGGAGCAGGCCCUGAAAGCCGCCCAGGAGCAGGCCCUGGCGGCUGCGGAGGAAGAGGAAGAGGAUGAGGAGGAAGAUGAGGACGAGGACCCCGAGGACUGAGGCCCGACAGGCCCCUCCCCCGAACCGGGUAGAUAGAUAGAUAGCGCGUUGUUCCUUAUACAUAGUUUAUGAGCUAUUUUUUCACUGUUAGUUUGCUCUCUGCCCCUCGAAGGCAGCUGCUCUGAAUGAAAUGUUCCCAUGGCAUUACGACCCGGUCAUUUAUUCAUUUGCUCACCAAUCGGUUGGCACGACCUCCUCAUCCGGGCUCUCGGGCUCUGCUGGGAACACUGACACUGCUCUGCAUAGUCUCUCCCCUCUGUUUCAUUUACUCAUUCACCUGGACACGAAAUGCCUCUGUGAGCCUAGGCCUGUGUGCUCAGUUGGUGGGAGCGUUGUCCUGUGCUCCGAGGGUUCUAUUUCCUGUCAGGGCACAUACCUAGGUUGCAGGUUCGAUCCCGGGAGGGGGCGAAUACACAGGAUGCAACCAGGGAGGCAACCGACCGAGGUUUCUCUCCUUUCCCCUCUCUCUAAAUGGGCAUGUCCUUGGGUGAGGAUUUAAAUAUUAAAAAUAAAAUAAAAAGCCUCCUGUCAGCUCAGUCCAGCCCAGGGGACACAGAGAUGACCAAGCAGCCUCUGCUUUCUCAUGGUUCUUACUCUACAGGGGAGAUGGGAGCGUCCCAGGCAAUGACAACCCAGAUGGUGCUGCCCGGAGGACUGACAGAGCCCCUCAGCUGGCUCUUAAAGGGUCAGGAGC